AUGGACGCCGCACAAAGCGCGUACGUUACCCUCAAGACCUCAUCGGAAACCUGUCAAAGCGGGAACGACUUGGGAAGCAACACUGUGGGAUGUACUAUUGAAAAUAAAGUCCGAGAGUGGUUCAAAACGACUGGUAUUAAAGAUUCUACGCCGAACAGAAUACAUCAUAACGGAAAUGCUGAUAUCAUCUCAACUUCAAAUGGGUUAUUGAGAUGUUUGAAAGAGACGAAAGAGGAGAAAACCGAACAUGAUGCGAAUCACUUUACUGCUAUCGAUAGAACACGAGGAUCUAGAAUUUGUGACAUGUCAGGUCAAAGUUCAAACUUAUCGAGUAACGUCUACUCGGACUGUACUUUUAGCAGUGCCGGUUUGACAGUAAUGGAUCGAGUGAAAGCCAUACAGGAAGGAUAUUCUAUCAUAUCCGAGUCGGAUGAAGCGGAAGUUGCUAGCUCAAUACCGGAAGGAACGAAAACUGAUACGGAAAUUUUGACCAAGGGAAUCGAACCGUUCAGAGUAAGAAGGAAAACGUUUGCUGUGCUAGAUAACCUCCCUUUCGACAUUAAGGAAACUGUAGACGAUGAGGACAAAUGUCCAAGAAUGACAUUGAGAAGAAACUCGGUGAUGUGCUUCAACAGAAAAAAGGAAAGUCGGGACUCAGUGGAGUCCAUUGACUCACGGAGGACAUCUAUUGUUAGCAGUAGGAAAGGUUCUUCGGAAAGAAAGCCAGUAGGACCUUCGCUUCGUCGUGCGAGCUUCGCGGUACCUCAGUUUCUGAGGCGAGAAAAUAGCUUUUCAGAAUGUCAAUUCUACCGGCGUACAAGUCAUGAUGUCACAAUACCAGAAACGACAAAAGAUAGGAAUGGAAUCUUAACAGUUCUGAAAGACACAUCAUCGCAGUGGAAGAAAGUCAAGAUCAAACUAGACCUGCCUGUUCAAGAAGUUCGGAACGGUUCCAAAGCCGUUAGAUUUACAUAUCUUGAGGACGUACAGACAGCUCUACAGAUACUUCUGGGCACGCGUGAAACAGUUGCGAUCCUGAAAUCAAGAAACCAGCCGGAUAUUCUUACGUCAUCCGACGAAUAUGGGAAGGGUGCCGAAAAAUCCAAAGUUGACGAUACCAAAUACUUGGUUGCAGAAAACGAGAAAGCACAAGACAGUAUGUCACCCCAGGACAAAUUGCCCGUGUCGAACAACAAUGGCGUCCGAAGAAAAUCAAUUAGUGACGUCAUAAGUACGAUGAAAGCGGAGUCCAACAACUACCAGAGUCAGAUACAGGCGUGCGUGGAUUUGGAGAGGUUCGCCGAUGACGAUGAUAUUGAGGUUCUGAUGAAGAAACAGGAAGCUAUCUCCUUCAUGGUGGAAGCAAUGUCUAAAUUUAUGGAUAAAACAGAGCUCCAUCUGGCGGCGUGUAAAACUCUAGUUGCCUUAUCUACAAACUCGGUGGCCAGUUGUAUACAGAUGUGUCGUGAAAAUGGAAUAUCCACGCUCCUCCGGGUCAUCCGUACCCACGAAGACCAUACCCACAUCCUCACUUCAGUCCUCGAAAUUCUCGGCAACAUCUCAUUAACUGAAGAGCUUUCAGAAGAAAUUGUAAAGAAUGCAGGUCAUUCGGAAAUCCUCGCGAAGAUGUCUUGUCAGCGUGAUGAUUACAAUGUUGCCAAACUUUGUUGUUUUAUCCUAGGAAAUCUCGUAAAUACAGUUGAUGUUGCUCAGUCAAUUAUGUUUGUUGGCGGUGUUCACUCCAUCAUCGAAGCUUUACGAAGGUUCCCGACAAAUGCCGAAGUCUUAGAGAACGGCUGCCGAGCUCUUGGAUGUUUUUCUGCCCAUGAUGAGAUCUGCAUGGACGUGGUUAACGCAGGCGCAGUAGAGGCGGUUUUAGUAGCUAUGGCAGCAGCACCGGAAGUCGAUACUCUGCAGGAAUGUGGAUGCUGGGCACUAGCGUGUCUCACUAAAUUCGAGGAAUCCUGUCUUGACAUUUGUAAGAAUAACGGUAUAGACACCAUACUGAUGACUCUAGAGAGAUUCCGGAAGGAAGAAGCCUUACAAGAAUACGGCUGCUGGACAAUCAGUAACCUAUCGGCAAAUGAACAAACACUAACACACAUUAUCAAUCAUAGAGUGCUCACUGUUGUAACCGACGCCAUGUGUCAGUUCCCUGACAACCUAGAAAUACAACACCAAAUCUUCUUCGCCAUUGGUCAGAUUGUUAUGACGUCAGGCGAGAUGCAGGAAAAACUAGUGCGGAGUGGGGGCGUGCGUUCAGCUGUUAAUAUAAUGACGUCAUUUCCGGAUAGCCAGGAACUGCAAGAACAUGGCUGUCGAAUCCUGGGAAAUGUUGCCGUCAACGAGCAACUUCGGAAGUUGAUUGAGAAUGAUGGGGGAUCAAAGGCUGUCAUAUCCGCCAUGUUGACACAUGAUCGCCACGAGCAGAUACAGACGUACGGUUGUAUGGCGUUAACAAACAUCACGGCAGACGUGCUUGAAAACAAAACCAAGGUGGCGGCUAAUUCUGGCGUUUCCGCAGUGCUAGCAACUAUUAAGGAGAUGACGGCCCUUACAGACAUAGUGCUGUGUGGACUUAAAACAUUGUGUAACCUGAUGGGAGGAGAUGAUGCCAGUUACUAUUUUAUGGAGGAUGAGGGACUUGAAGCUAUGGAGUCUAUCAUCUACCGAUACCGGAAACACCACGACAUCCAUCGCUACGCCUGCCGAAUCCUUGCUAAUGUUCCUUUAGCUCCUGGAAUAGAUGAGACAUGCCUAGACGCCACCGAGGAUAUUCUUUAUGAAACAUUAAACCGUUUCCAUGGCGACAGCGAUCUUCACAUUUCAGUUUGUCAUUAUUACGAGAAUCUCGUUCUAACAGACACUGGUCGAUCCCGUUUUACCAAAGGGAACUACCUAGACCGAUUGGCUGACGUCAUGACCUUCUUCAAGGACGACAAGACGAUACAGAUGUCUGGAUGCAAGACGAUAGCGGCCAUUUCCAUGUACAAAAACAGUUCGGUUCAGAAUGGAGAGUUAUGUGUGAGCCUCGUCCUUGACGUAAUGAGGAUAUUUCAUGCUUGCAGCAGUAUACAAACUGUGUGUUGUGGUGCCAUUUCUUACCUCACGGAGCACAAUGAAAAUCUGAAGGACUAUAUUCUGAGAAAAGGGGGUCUUGACGUGAUGAUGGCGAACCUGCGCGAGCAUCCUGAUGAUGAGGGGCUAGCAGUUGUUGGGUUGAUGGCGCUGGACAGUAUAACCCACACUGGAAUCACAAAUUCAAAUCGAUUACAAAAGGAAAUUGAGUUUGUUAGUCGCAUGAUGAAGCGGUACCCCGAAAAUGUGGAACUCCAGAUUUACAGCUGUAACAUCCUGUCUGCAGUCGGUAAAGAGGGUAUCAGAUUGUGUGACCUUUCAAGGUCAGAGGCUCUGGAUCCAGUCACGUGCAUUCUUAAAAGAAGACGAUCACACCCAGAGUUAGAAUCUACAGCGUUAGAGGUCUUGACCAUGUUGCUGAGUGGUGAAAGUGAAGAUAUCAUUCGAGACACAAGGGAAAUGCUACCGUUUCUCGACGAUGAAUUCUGGGAGAAGUGCUAUCAUAACGUAUUGCAUAUUGACUGA